UCCCGGGGGAAGGUUUCCCGAGACCGCUCCCUUCCUCACCCCGCCUCCCGCGGCCCCGGCGCUAGCCUCCGCCUGCGGAGCCCCACUAUGCCAGACAGUUUCGACACUUCGCAAAGACAAAGAGCCCUCACCCAGAGGGAGACCGGCGAGGAGGGAGAAGCGGAGAGAGGGGAGUCGGAGGCGAUGUGAGCCGCGCGUGGGAUUCCACCUUCCUUGGCUGGAAAUGCCAGUGGCAGGCAGUUAACACUCCGAGCAGAAGUGUUAGUCCUUAGUUGCUGAGCAGAAGGACUAUUCUACCUGUGCCUAGGGAGAGAUGGCCUCUUGGCCUUCUGAGAUAGAGAAACUGAGGCUCAGAGAGAUUAAGGAUCUCCACUGAGGUCACAUAGCAGAUGACAGCCUCAGUGCCCUCAUCUAGAGGCACUUAACUGCCACCUCCCUGGCGACAGCAUGGAAGAGUCAAGCAUCUAAUUAAGGUUCAUCACACACCAUACUUUCCAGAGCAGGGGGUCACCAAGGUGUCCCUCAUCUCCCAAAGGUCCCUGGAUUGAAUAGGACAGGAAAUCUCUGUUAUUAUGUUUAAUUAGGAGUAGGACUAGAGACCUCAGUGUCCCUUCCAGAAUUGCAGAAGAAGCAGGCUAAAGGACAAGCCCAACACACCACGGAUGGCUGCUUCUCUAUGGGAACGACGUUGGCCUAAGCUGCCCUUGAGACCUUGCUGGGGACCCGCUGUCCUCUCCCACUGAGCUCUGGCCUCUAGGCUUUCCUUUGUGUCUUUGCUCAGAGAGGUGGGGCCACCCCUCAUCACUCCCCAGCAGGAAGCAAAAAUGAUGACCACACAGAAGAAGGUGCUCAAAGUGCUCACCUUCCUGGUGCUCCUCAUCUUCCUCACCUCCUUUGUCCUGAACUUCGCACACACCACAGUGCCCGCAGCCUGGUUCCCCAAGCAGAUGGUCCUGGAGCUGUCUCAGAACCUCAGGAAGCUGAUCAAGCCCCCACCCUGCACCUGCACACACUGCAUCAGCCAGCGCAAAGUCUCAGCUUGGUUCGACAAGCGCUUCAACCAGACUGUGCAGCCUCUGCUGACGGCCCACAAUGCAGUCUUGGAGGAGGACACCUACCAGUGGUGGCUGAGGCUGCAGAGGGAGAAGAAGCCCAGCAACCUGAGCGACACCAUCAGGGAGCUGUUCAGCGUGGUGCCCGGGAACGUGGACCCCGUGCUGGAGAAGAAAUCUGGGAGUUGCCGGCGCUGUGCUGUCGUGGGCAACUCAGGCAACCUGCGGGAGUCCUCCUAUGGGCCUGAGAUAGACAGCCAUGACUUCGUGCUCAGGAUGAACAGGGCGCCCACAGUGGGGUUCGAGGCUGACGUGGGGAGCAAAACCACGCAUCAUCUGGUGUAUCCCGAGAGCUUCCGGGAGCUGGGGGAGGAUGUCAGCAUGAUCCUGGUGCCCUUUAAGACCAUCGACUUGCAGUGGGUGGUCAGUGCCACCACCACCGGCACCAUCUCCCACACCUAUGUCCCGGUCCCCAAGAAGAUCAAAGUGAAACAGGACAAGAUCCUGAUCUACCACCCAGCCUUCAUCAAAUAUGUCUUCGACAACUGGCUGCAGGGUCAUGGGCGGUACCCAUCCACUGGCAUUCUCUCGGUCAUCCUCUCCCUGCACGUCUGUGACGAGGUAGACUUGUACGGCUUCGGAGCAGACAGCAAGGGCAACUGGCACCACUACUGGGAAAACAACCCUUCGGCGGGAGCAUUCCGCAAGACAGGGGUGCAUGAUGGAGACUUCGAAUCCAACGUGACGGCCACAUUGGCAGCCAUUAACAAAAUCCGGAUCUUCACGGGGAGAUGAUGCUCCAGCAGUCAAGGACAGACCCACUGCGUCGCACCUGCCACUUUCAGCCCCAGCACCUCGCCAGAGCCACUGCCUUCAGGGAGCUUCCAGAGCCAGCCUUGGGGCCGUGCCCAGCUGCUGCUCACAGCUCCCUGCCCUCCCACCUCAGGCAGCAUGGGCUCAGCAAAGUCACUGCACUCUGCCAGGGUCACAUGGCGUGUCCUAGAACCUGUCUGGGGCUGAAGAGCUCGCCAUACUGCUGCCCCGGUGCUGGAGUUGGGGAAGAUGCUGGGAAAGGUAGUUAUUUUGGCUUAGAGGGCUUAUUUUAAAAACUCCUGUAGUCUAUGCAGACAGACAAGUUCCCAGGAGAGAUGGACAGGGGCCAGCUGCCCCUGCAGGGUCCAACACUGACUCUGAAACUCCCAUGCUCGCUGGGAUGUCUGUUAGUGGCAGUUACCUCCAGGAGGGAGCCAUGCUGGGCUGCACGGCCACGGGGGCAGACGCUCCUGCCUGUGUCUAGGAAGCCUGGCCUCUCUCGAUGUCACAGUGUGACAACCCGCCAUCCCUUUCUUCCUGAAGCUUACUGAUGAUGACCCAGUGAGCCAGCUGACCCCAGGGGUCUUCAUAGGAAUGUGUUUCCAGCAGGAGCAGUCGCCUCCUCCACCUAUGGGAGUUCUCUUUCCUCAUCAGUCUCUGUGGUUCUGAUUUGUGCUGAGAGCAGACUUGACUACUUCACGUGCCUUUGUGCUCGGGGGAGAAGAACACACACUGGCUGAAAUGAGGCAGAAGCCCUGGCUCCAGGAAGGGAGCACCUGCUGCACGGCUGAAGCCUCUUGUCCGUUUCCUGAGCCAGCUCCUGAAUUGGAACAAGGCUCCGAUGACACCUGGGGGUACACUGGCUGUGGCGUCUGGCAUAUUUCCCUGGAGGACUAGGUUGAGCGCCUGUGACCUUCCUCGGCUACACAGGUCCCCCAGCCAGCAUUCCCUGAGUGCCUGAGCUCUGGGCUACCUCCAUGGAGUCCUGGGGUCAGGGUGGGGGCUUCCAAGGCGUGCUGACCAGCACAGACCUCAACGACUCACUCUCAGUCUUUCUCCUCCUCCUCUAAUUAUUUAUUGAUUUUUUAAUCCAACUGACACGUGUGUGCUCCGGCUGUGCCACCACCCCUGGUGUUUCUAUCACAUUUCUGUUUCUUCUCCUGCAUCUGGGAGUGGGGAGUUUCAAGGAGGGUUUCUCUAAAUUCUUGUACUUGGCAUAUAGGACAUCAAGGCUGGACGUGGCCAGGACGGGCUUCAGGGCUAUGGGCUGGUCCCGGCCACCUCCUCUCUGGCACUGCCUUCCUCCCUCUGCCUCCUGGCUUAGUUCCUUCUCAAACUUGGGGUCUCCCACUCAUGCCAUGUGUCUGGCCAGGAGAGAAGAGCAGCAGGAACAGGGACAGUGCCUGUUGGCUGUAAUCACUGACACUCAAUUAGCAAAACCACUUCCUGUGGAGAACAUUUCCCAAAGGCAGAUGUUGGGCAAGGAGUGGGACAAUUUCUGGAUAGAGAAGAUUGGGUCCCUCUCUGAGUCAGAUCCUCUGCAGACCAGAAAAGAGAGAGGCCAGGGGCUCAGGGGCCUUGGUCAAAGGACCACACAGUGCUUCAGAUCAUCUACAGAAGCUCCUGGGAAGUGCGUGCCAUGUUUGGUUUUUCCCUUGCAGCUGUGCAGAUGAGCAUUUUCCUGUAGCUUCUCAGAGAUUGAGAAUAUCCAGGAGGGGUAUUUUUGUUUGUUUCUUGUUGUUUGUUUAGAAUACAGAACCUGGGUUUUAAGAACCUUCCCAGACUUAGGGUCUUGCCUGACAAAGGCUGGGAAAUUCUGAGGUCCUCAUUCUGAGUGUGCACCCUGGAAUGCUGUGAGUCACAGUCACCGUGACUGAGUCACGAGGAAUGUGUGUCACUUGUCAGAGCCAUCAUGGGGAAGAACUUAAGACAAGCGGGCAUGGGCACAGCAAGCAGUGCAGACUCUGCGUGGCCCCUCACCUGCUUGCCGAGUCUGUUUAAUGGAGCACAGCUUCCAGUGGAGCUGUCGGCUUCCUGGAGCUGCUGAGUAAGAAAAGGUCCCAAGAGUACAGCUGUGCCUGUGUCAGCUGGAAGCUGCUGGGGUCACAUGUUUGGUCGCCAUCUGCCUCUCCGCUAUGAGAGGAUGGUCAUGCUGUGAGCCCCACUCCCGCAGUCCCCCAGCCAGCUCUGCAGCUCACAGAGGAGAUGAGCAAGGCCCAAAGAAGGGAUGUGGCUUGCAAAAGUGACCCUGUGGUGACAAGUUAAAGAAAAUAAGAGCGAAACUAGGACAGUGAUAGCUCCACAUUUAAAAUGGAUACAGUGGGGCUUUCCUGGCAAGAGCCCGCCCACCCUCUCACCCUCGCCCUGCCUCGGCUGUAUCUCUGUCCUAGGGCCACCCUAGUGGCCCUCGUGCCAUGUACCUCCCGCCAGAGGAGACUACGGAUGACAUUUUUCUUUCCCAUGUCCCUGCAGACAUCUACUGAGCCAGGCGCACUUAACCAAACAGAGCAGUUUCUGGCUGUGGCCUACAUUAAAUGCACCAUUGGGUUAGGCCUGGGGUGAUAGUGGCAGCGAAUCAGGGUGUGCUGGAGGCGGGACAGUGCCUUGCUGGAAGACCUACCCUGCGCUUCAGACUGAGCAGAGGGGACCUGUCUCCAGAGCUGGCCGUGAGGGCUCAGGCCUGGGGCGCUGAGGGCCCUAGGAGAUCUCAGCAGUGUCCAGUGGUGAGCCAGCAGGCAGGGUUUCUAGAGCCAGCAUCACAGACCCCUCCCUGCCUGGUCCUCACCCACUGUUAGGACUGAAAGCAGGGCAUGUUGGUAACAUUUGGCUCCCAGAGGAUCCAAGGCGGAGAAUAAAAUUCUUAAAUGGGUGCAUUUCAAGUCUGGCAUUAUCAGAUGUGAUCCAACCAACUGUGUGUAAAAUUCUUAAAUGGGUGCAUUUCAAGUCUGGCAUUAUCAGAUGUGAUCCAACCAACUGUGUGGGCUGAACUCAGCUGGGGAAUUGUCAGAUUCCGGAAGAAGAGGACGAAAAACAAUGAAGCCAGAAGAGAGACCAGUGAGGAUGGCGAAGACCUGGUAGCUAUUUCAGGCACAGGCCAGACUAAGGGGCCCGAGUGCAAUCCCAAUCUCAGCUGUGGCCAGCAGGGUGCCCUAAGGGCCAAUUCUACCUCUGUGAGAAUCGUGACUAGCAUCUGUGUCAAAGGUGGAGAGAACCACAGAGAACAUUCAGGACUUCAAUGCCUGCUUUGCCCUUUCGUUUCAAGGGAGCCUGAAAACCAGCAACGUGGAAAAGGGAACGCUCUUCCCCUUACCUGCUACUGGUGGGAAAUGCUUUCUCCUGGGAAGCCUGACCCAGAGUGGCUACUGCCUGGGCCAACAGGCUGCACCAGCUGGGUAACCCCAGAAACCAGAAACUAUCCUCACCCCUCCAGAGAGCUCAGGGACACUACCGUGUCCAUUGUGGACACUCGGUUUGCAGCAAGCAUGGCUGCAUAGUACAGCCUGCUGCUCCUCCUCCUCCUUGUGGUCUGCGUGGCAGGUUCUGAGAGAAUGAGACUCCUCUGCUUUUCUUGUUGGUCAGGAGCACUCUGGGCUGCUACCUGACACCUGCACUGUGCAAAAGAAAGCAGGAUUUGGAGGACAUGCGAGGGACCUGUCAGGCAGGCAAAAUCUGCAGCAGGUCAGUGGGGAAUCAGGAACCUGAAACUCACGGGCAGGGUCCUGAAACUCACUGGCAGUGAGUCCUCCGACAGUGUCCUCCUUUCCUCCAGCCCCCCAGUCUGGCCGCUCGCGUUUACCUUGGUGCCUCAGCUCCCCUGCCUGCCAGGCCUCUGGCCCGGGGGUGCAGCUUUGCCCCAGCCUGCUCAGGAGCCCCAGCCCUCCCUCCGCACAGUCGCUUCAGUCCUUCACCAGGUCCCCUUCAAAGCCAAAGUUUCUUGAGCACUUUUUCUUCUCUGCAACCUUUGUCGCUUAGUGGUUGGUGAUCUGAAGUCUGCUUCCUCCUCCCCUGUGCCCCCUUCCAAGUUUAUUUCCCAGCUGAGCGUUGAUCGAUCUGGGUGGAUUUCGAGUGACAUUAGUGAGUCUGCUUCUCUUAGCCUCUGCUCUGUUUUAUUUAUUGUUGAGUGUUUCCAAUGAUCCGAAUCAAAGUGAAUAAAAGAGAAUUAUUUUAUCGUUA